CUUUGGCGACACUGGAGGGAAAGGAAUGCACAGUCAUUUUUGGAGUAAUCUGGUCUCCGGUCUGAGCCCAAACUGAAGUAAUGAGACAACUGCCUUCUGUCAUCAGAGCUGAGAAGUCGACUCUCCCAUAAAGUAACAAUGGAGCCUCUGAGGACCGGAAGGAGACCCUGUGGGCCGGCUCGCGGUGCCCCUUUUCUCCCUCUAUUUCGGCAAAGAUGACCCUAGCAGGAACACAGGGGAUCCCUGCCAAGGACGAGUGUGGUCUGGGAAGGUUCUAGAGCGGCAGAAACAGGUCCGCAAGUCCGGCCUGUGGGGACAGGAGAGCCCAAGGCUCCAGGAUCAUCCGGCCGGCCCUGGGUGGUCAAUGGCGCUGGGCUACGCUACCAGGCUAGCUUCUGGGCUCGUAUACAGUCUGGCGGCUGAGGCCCUCCGAGGGUCCACAGCACGCUCCGGCAAGAUUUAUUACCCCAUUUAAGAGGCCUUGAUGACUACGCCGUCUUGCCCUAGCCGGGCGGAGAGGAAACAUAGAUACUGCCAAGAAACAAAACCUGGGGGGAGGGAAAGGCCGUGCCGCCCACCGCGUCGCGGGGCGGGGUGUCAACGUUCCCGUGCCGGCGCAAUGCGAUUGGGUACACUCCCUCCCUCAGUGAGUGGGUGAGUGCUUCAGCCGUCGGCGCCAUUACGAAUGAAUGCGUGCCCUAGCACGGCGCUACGCCUGGACCCUCCCCUCCCCACCGCGUAAGGCCGCCGCCGCCUCUGCUGCCGUCGCUUCCCGCCGCCGCCGCUCGUGUGCGCGCCUGGCCAGCCCCGCCCCGCUAGCCCCGCUAUCCCCGCUGCUUCUUUUCCGCGCUUUUGGGACGAUGGCCACCGACUCUUGGGCCCUGGCGGUGGACGAGCAGGAGGCGGCCGCCGAGUCGUUGAGCAGCUUGCAUAUCAAGGAAGAGAAAAUCAAACCAGAUGCCAAUGGUAUUGUCAAAGCUGAUGAGAAUUCAGGAAAGACAGAUGAAGAAGAGAAAGAGGACAGAGCUGCUCAGUCACUGCUGAACAAGUUGAUUAGAAGCAACCUCGUUGAUAACACAAAUCAGGUGGAAGUCCUGCAGCGGGAUCCAAAUUCCCCCCUCUAUUCAGUGAAGUCUUUUGAAGAGCUUCGACUGAAACCUCAGCUUCUGCAAGGGGUCUAUGCUAUGGGCUUUAACCGGCCAUCUAAGAUACAAGAGAAUGCCCUACCCAUGAUGCUUGCUGAACCUCCACAGAACCUGAUUGCCCAGUCUCAGUCCGGUACUGGUAAAACAGCUGCCUUUGUCCUGGCUAUGCUCAGCCAAGUGGAACCUUUGAACAAAUAUCCCCAGUGUUUGUGUCUCUCACCCACUUAUGAGCUGGCUCUUCAAACAGGAAAGGUGAUUGAACAGAUGGGCAAAUUUUAUCCAGAACUUAAACUUGCUUAUGCUGUUCGAGGCAAUAAACUGGAAAGAGGUCAGAAGAUUAGUGAGCAGAUUGUCAUUGGCACUCCGGGCACAGUUCUGGAUUGGUGCUCCAAACUCAAAUUCAUCGACCCCAAAAAGAUCAAGGUGUUUGUCCUGGAUGAAGCUGAUGUGAUGAUAGCUACCCAAGGCCAUCAAGAUCAGAGCAUACGUAUCCAGAGGAUGCUUCCUAAGGAUUGUCAGAUGCUGCUUUUCUCUGCUACUUUUGAAGAUUCUGUGUGGAGAUUUGCUCAGAAAGUUGUCCCAGACCCAAACAUCAUCAAACUAAAGCGAGAAGAAGAAACUUUAGAUACCAUUAAACAGUAUUAUGUGAUGUGCAAUAACCGAGAUGAGAAGUUCCAGGCCCUUUGUAAUCUCUAUGGAGCCAUCACUAUUGCUCAAGCCAUGAUCUUCUGUCAUACCCGCAAAACAGCUGGUUGGCUGGCAGCUGAGUUAUCCAAAGAAGGCCACCAAGUGGCCCUCUUGAGUGGUGAAAUGAUGGUGGAACAGAGAGCUGCGGUGAUUGAGCGCUUCCGAGAAGGCAAGGAGAAAGUGUUGGUGACUACCAAUGUGUGUGCUCGAGGUAUCGACGUGGAACAGGUAUCUGUGGUUAUCAACUUUGACCUGCCAGUGGACAAGGAUGGGAAUCCAGACAAUGAAACGUACCUUCAUCGUAUUGGGCGCACGGGGCGCUUUGGCAAACGAGGCCUGGCUGUGAACAUGGUGGACAGCAAGCACAGCAUGAACAUUCUCAACAGAAUCCAGGAACAUUUCAAUAAGAAGAUAGACAGAUUGGACACCGAUGAUUUGGAUGAGAUUGAGAAAAUAGCCAACUGACAAGCAUUGCCUAGAAUUGAUAUACACCUUUUAGACGUGUAUCUCCAGCUCCAUUUGGACUGUUUGUUUUUCAAAUUGGCACAUCUCUCAGCCAUUCACCAAAAAGAAUGAAGGCAGGAAUACACAGGAUUUGCCUACCUCAUUUCAAAUUAUGUUUGGACUUAAGGAAAAACAGCAAAUUGUGCAAAUAAUGGGGGGAGGUAGAAAGAGAAAAUUUGUUUACAUAAGCUUUUACAAUUAGGUAUAAAUGGACAUAAAUUACCUUUUUUAAAAAAAAAGUUUGUUCCCAUCUUAAGACUCUUAAGGAACUGUCACAUCUAUGGAUAAUUUGACUUCCAGCAUUCACUGUGGUAGCAUCUGGUUUUGUUCUCUAUCCCAAAGUGAGACAAGGAUAUCCUAUGGUGCCAACCAAUCUUCAGCAAACUGCAAGGGGAACUGAGCAGAGAUGACAAUGGAAAGGAAAAAAGGCAAAGCAAGAGGCAACUACUGGACAGCUUCCAAGCCAAAAAGUAUUGGAGAGAGUUCCUCAGCUGGGAUGUAGCAGCUCUUUCCUCCCUGCUGAGUACAACAGGAAGAAAGGGUUUGGGUAAUGAGAAUGACCCACCAGAUCUCCAGAGGGGCUAAACCUCAGGAUGGGGAUUGGCUUCUAAGUUGGGUCAGUACAGAUUCAACCCCACUAUUAUCUUGAAAUCAUAGUGCCCCAUUCCAGUGCCAAGUCAGUGACACUAGUUCCCCAAAUGCUGAGGACCUACAAGAAAUGCCUGGUGGAGCUGGGAACAGAUGAUCCAAAGACUGGGCCUCUCCAGCGGAAGCAUUGAAGGCAGCAGGUCUCUGCCUCUGACUUGAAGAGAGGAGACCCUAGAAAAGGGACAGAGCAGGAGAAGCCUAUCUGCACCAUAGCGCCAUGCCUUCAUUGUCUUGGCAACGUGGCCCAAUUCUCCCCAUGAAAAUCAUGUCAGAUAUGGAACAUUGUCACUUCAGACCCCUAAUAUUUGUACUGAAGGAAGACUUUGACCAUCUGUAGUAAUAGAAGUAGCUGGCUAGCAGGUACAGCCAGGUUCUGUCUCCGGGCUAUAGCCAUGAUAUUUCUUAUAUGCUAUCUGGUUCUGAAGGUUCUCAGUCCAUCCCUGGUUUCUUUUUGGUAACUAGAUAAAAGAGAAUACCCAGCUGUGGAGGUGGAGGAGAAAUGAGAAGACCUGACAGGAAGAAUACUGAGGCCACAUGAUUCCACGCCCAAGCUAGGCCAGCUCAACUGCCAUUCUCUCUCCUAAGGACCUUGGAGAAGUGGUCAGCUUCUGAAGGAUAAUCCAAACUAGAGUCUUUCUUGCGUGGUGAGGUUCCAUAAUCCACCACCAAAUCCAAUUACUUUUAGAGGAAGAGAACCUAACUUCAGCAAUCAGUUGGCCAUUUCUAAUCAAUUCUGUGGCAAGAAGACACCACCACUUUCCCCAGGCUUUUGUUUCUUCUAACUGCAUGAGUUAAAGGCCAGUAGAAUGGCCAGGGUCUGGUCCCUCUUGUACGUGUUAGCUGAUGUGUGUAUUUAUGUGAACCAUGUUUGUGAAGUCGUUUUGGUAAUGGGACCCACCUAUUAUUAAGCCUCUUUGUGCACCCAGUGUAAUAUGUAGGAUCCAAAUGGAUCAUCCUGUGAGUUUUUUCCUCUGUGUUAGUCCCUUGCUUUCAUCCCUUGAGGGCUUUGCUGAACUGCAGGGGACUGGGAGGGGAGGGGGGUGGAAAAUCAUGAAGCUACUGAUCAUCCCUGCUUGGGGGUAGAUUUGAAUGGAGACUGCAGAGUCUUAGUUCUCUUAUCUGUUUUGUUGCCCUGUUUGAGCAUCCAUGGAUUCCCUUCUCACCACUUUGCCUAGGCCCCUCCACACUAGGAAAGCUCGUGACAAUCUUGACUUUUUCCUCUUCGCAGGUGGAUAUGAGUUAAGGAUAUAUUGCUCUUUAACAGAGAUAAUGAAGCAAAAGAGCUAUAAAUAAGCCAGUCUGACUUGAAUAUCUAGGGGAAGGGAAAAAGUCAACCUAAUUCCCCUCAGUCUUAAGGAGUCUUAGUUGCUCCUGUAGAUUUCAGAAUCGAGAGGGGAAAGGCUUGACUGCUUCUGGGAAAGCCUGUGGCAUGAGGCUCUGUGCAACAUCGAUGAAUCCUUAUUUCCUGGACACUGGCAGGGAGAGGAGGCUUCUCUGUCCCCAGUCCAGUGUAUUGAGUUGGAAGUCUUGGUUUCUCUUUGCGGAAGGGCCCUCUGGUGCCCUUUCAGCUGAACAGCUGACCUGUGGUGGAAGUUGUAACAGAUGAGACAUGGGAUAUGCUGCCAAUCGAUAGAAAAUCCUGUCUUUGAUAAAUUGAGGGUAUUGACGAUACAGUCAAGAAAUUGCUUCAUUGUAGAUGUACUUUCCACUCAUUAUGUGAAUAGAUUUUAACCAAUUGUGAAAA